AUGGCAGAAAUUCUAAAUGAUUCACGAAACGGACAACUACAUGAAGUUCGUGUCAAUAUACGAAAGAUGAUUGAUAAAAUACUUACACAAUAUUCAUCGGAUUUUGUUGUCUGUCGAGAACUCAUUCAAAAUGCGGAUGAUAGUCACGCAACAUCCUUCCAUUUGCAAAUUAAAUGCAAUGCACCAUCUUCAUCAUUAUCAAAAGAGACAGAUUUUCAUGCUCAAACAAUCACUGAACUUCGUAUGAUAAACAAUGGUAAGAUCUUCUCGGAAACUGAUUGGCAACGUGUUGCUACUAUUGCCGAAGGAAAUACAGAUCCUCAAUCAGUUGGUCAAUUUGGUGUUGGAUUUUUCUCUGUAUUUGCAUAUACCAAUGAACCAAUGAUUAAAUCUGGAAAAGAGUAUAUGAAAUUUGUUUGGAAAGGCGAUCAAUUGUUAUAUCGACAUGAUAAACUAUCAAUUCAAGAAAAAAUCAAUGAAACUUCAAUUAUUCUUAAAAUGCGAGAUAAACCCACUCUAUGCAUCGAAUAA